AUGAGCCCUGAGAAGGGGAACACUCGAUGUCAAGCUGAACCUCGUAGAACGGAGACUCGGAGUACGGCUGCAGCAGAGCUGAAAAGUAGUCCAAGUGGUUGUAGAACGUACGCUUCAACUUCACCCUAUAAAACCAGGCAACAGAGCAAUGGAAUAACGACAGAGAAGACUCGCUAUACACCCGAUUUUGCACCAGUACGCUCGCGGCGGGGCUCAGCAGCACUUAUCAUACCUCCUCUUCCAGCAGUACCAUCCACUGCCGCAGCAAGAAAAAAAGGACGUCGCGGUAGAGAUGACGAUAGUGAUAGUGAUACUGCAAGUAGUAACUCAGGACCUGUGAAUGCCAAACGAACUCGCUUGUGUCAUAGCAAGAAUGAUAUUAAAAGCGUGGAAAUAGUUGUUGGUAAUGUUGCAUCGGAAAUUAAAGAAAUUACGCAACAGAAUAAUGUGGCUAAGCAGGACACUUCACAUGAUGCGCUGACAGAACGACAACCUCAGAAGAAAACAGAUUCCGAUUUGGAGCAGCACUUCAAAAAGGCUAUUCGACUUUAUCGAUACAUGUCACUGCCGGAUACGCAAGUUGGUAGCGCUAGACCAGUAUAUAGGCCUUUCUUAAAAAGAAAUUUGAUAUACAUGAGACGAUCUGCUCAGUCGAUAGCAGUAGGAGAUGAUUGCAUGCCUCCCCUUUGUCCACCAGCUGCUAUUGGAAAAACUGGAAUGAAGGCGAAGUUACGCAAACACGAAAAUCUCAUGAAUAUACUUCAUGCAAUCAGGCGGAGGAAUGAAAUAUUAAAAAAGAAUCCAAAAACAAAAUCAUCAGGUUCAGCAGCUGUCUCAUAUUUGGUGCGUGUCUUAAAGCAGGAUGAAGAUAGCAGAAAAGGGAGUGGUAAGGAUGCUUUGUCAAAGGAAACAAGAAGACAUGUUAAUUGCUCACAUGCUACCUCAAUGAUCAAAUUUAUUGAUGUUCGAAACAAAGAAUUACCAGGUAAUCGACAUGCCGUUAUUACGGUGUACCUUUCAAGUGAAGUCGAUGGUGUCUUUAGCGAGAUCAUGCGACUUCCUUCUGCUACAGUACAAAUGCAGAUAAAUACUCGUGGUGAACCUGUUGCAAUAGAUUUACCAUUAUCUAUUGGUUGCCCGUUGCAUUGCAGUGGAAGACAAAGGAAUGAUUAUGUGAUCAUUCGUGUUACGUUUUCGGGAGAAGAAUUCGCUCAUAUUUUAGGAGGAAAAUCAUUAAGAAGUGUUCCAUCAAGACUGAUAGACAAAGAUUCGAAAACAGUCGUCCAUGUUACCCGACGUAUAAGCUGCCUUUCUUCGCCUGAUAAAUUAAAGAAUAGUGAAGGUUCAAUAACGAUGUAUGGUGCACGUUGCAUAUCUUCUGUUGCAAAAGGCGAAACGUCUGACGGUUUAAUAUACGGCCAUGGUAGCAUUACCCUGAUCCCGGAUUCUUUUCUUAGUUUAGAUGACAGGUGGCGUUCGGAGAAAAAUUUGACGAAGAAACUUAUCGAUUUAGGGAAGAAAAUGCAUAUGAGCCCAUUCGUACGCAUGUCGAUUGUGCCAGAUAAUAGUGGGGAAUCGAGUUCAUCAGAAGACGAUGAUGAAACAAGAAGUUGUUCAAGUUUCGCCACAUCUGUUUCAACAGGCUGUAUAGACCGUUGUCAUCAAAACAGUGAGAUGUCAGCAAAGGAAUCCAUACAUAGCUUUGCAUCAGCAGAAACCGGACUUCAAAGAGAUGACAGUGGUUUUGAAGAGUAUAUGAAAUCACGGUUCAAGCGAGAAAUGUCGCUAAAAUUUCCUAAGCAAAUAUGCUAUCGCUUUAUUACGAGAUACAAUGACGAACCGAAUACUAGUUUUCCGGAAAGCAAGCAUCUACUUUGUUCCGAAACUUCAUCAGAUUUGGUAAAAAGUGAGCUGCUGAAUUCAAAUGCUAACGUUGAAACUGCUGUAAAUGGUGGUAGAAGACAUUGUUCUCCGUUGAAAGAAGUUUCUCCAGGAAAGGUUUUGAAUGGACGAUUAUUUUCCAAACCUCUGACUUCACCUAAAUCUUCACCAAAGUCAUUUCCAUCAUCGCCUACUAAAUAUCGUUUGGAUGUUCCACGUCGAGAUAAACCCUUGGCUGCUAUGGUUGAUAGUUUAGCAUCCAAAUUUGAGAAAUGUUCUAAAAUUGUGCCGCCCAAAUCUGUUGCUCCCGACGAUAAAGUUACAGUUCCCGAACUGCAUUAUGAAGGAUAUCCCGAACCGGAUGGUAAUGGAAUCGUUACACGCUUUGUUUCUCCGGCCAACAAAUGUUUUUUCUGCCUUGGAACAUUUCCUGAUAUGUUUGCUUUGCUACUUCACAUGAGAACAAGUUACCCACGACUUGACAUAGUAUACAGAGGUGAUGCACGGCAGACAGCUGUUAUAAAUAACGGUGCACCGGUUUUCAUUGAUGUGUUCGUUCGCAAACAUUUCGACGGCUCGUAUGAAGGUUCAUUGGUUCGGCAGUACACAACUUCUCGUAAUAGAGUUAUACCACAACAUUGUAUUCCCAGUGAUCGCCUCACUUACAUUGUUCACAAAGUUGAAGCAAGAGCUAUUCGUAAAAUGCCAAAGGAUCUUAGCAUUUUUUUCAUGCAAGCUGAUCGAGAAAGACGUGCUACAAAGGGAAAUAAUGCGGCAUAUUUCGGUUUCCGCAGCAGGCAUCCUUUAAUGAAAUGCACGCAAAUAUCAACGAAGCAGACGGAUCAAGAAUGGUUACGAGAAUUCAUUAUCAGACAGAUUGAAGAUUUUCUCGAUUUGUCACGUGUUGAGAAGGAUUUUAUGUCGUUGUGGAGUAUUUUUCUUCUCAAUCUUAAUCACAAGCCACUUGGUCGUUGUCACACAUAUCGCACUUGCCGACUUUUCCUGCAAAAGCAUCGGCAAGAUAUCUUGCAAAAUAAUUUUCAAAACGCUUGGGUAUUUCAUCUCACUGCUUUACAUGAAAAAGAGGCGUUGGAUACAGACGAGGUGUAUGACUUGACGAUGCGUUUAAAAGAUAAUUAUGACCCCAGUACGGACGUUCGUCAUGUGGUCUAUGCUACACGUGCACGAUUAGAAGCAGCAGCUUCUAGUGCAAAACGAGAACCUCCAGCUUGGCAGAAAGAACCAGUACAUGGGCCCAAAAUUUCAAUACUAAGGAGUUCAUCCGUUGCGCGUCUGUCAUCUCUAGAGCCGAAUUCCGAUAACGAAGAUAUGUUCAAAAAAUUCAUGAACGAUUCUGGUCGCAAAGAGAGGCGAAGUAGUAGCUGUUCAGUAGAUGAGCCCAGCCGACAUUCAACAAGUCGUCGUCAACGUGAACCUGAUUGUUCGAAGUAUCUGACAACACCUCGUGCUACGCAACCACCGAAGUGGUUAUCCUUUGCCGAAUAA